GUGGGCGUUACAUUGGUGUGUCCAAAUUACAGCACAAUGGGGGCUGUGUUCGAUUACUUUGAAGAUGUAUCCACCCUUUCUUCCUCGUGCAUACACUAAACUGUAUGAAAGCGGAAAACAAUGUUGCCACGUAUCCAUAUUUCUCUCAGAUCUGUGAUUGUUCCAGGGGAAGGACUGUAAAAGUAUUUUAACGGAGCCUGGCUUUCAAAAUGGAAAAAGUGUGCUAAACGCGUCUUCAAAAAAAACAUUUACCUCCCUUUCUGCUUCUGACUUGUGUCUAGUGUGGCCCAUGCAAGGAACACAAUGUCCAGUACUGAGUCCGAGGUUAGCGUUGCAGGUUCGGUGGUGUCAGACCCUCAACACUCUCAGAAACUUCUCAAGGCCCUUCGCUCCUUUUGGCAAGAACAAUGCUUCCAAGACGCAGUGUUAGUACUGGACGGGGAAAAGAUUCCAGUCCAGAAAAACAUUUUGGCUGCGGCUAGUCCAUACAUCAGAACAAAACUGAACUACAACCCUCCAAAGGAAGAUGGAUCCAUGUACACCAUUGAGCUUCAGGGAAUCUCUGUCACUAUCAUGAAGCAGAUCCUGGACUACAUCUUUAGUGGGGAGAUCAGUCUGAGUGAGGACACCAUUCAGGACAUGGUCCAGGCUGCUGACCUGCUGCUUCUGACAGACUUGAAGUCCCUGUGCUGCCAGUUCCUAGAGAGCUGCAUUGCUGCAGAGAACUGCAUUGGGAUCCGGCUCUUCUCUCUACAUUACUGUCUGCACCAUGUUCACCAUGUUGCCACAGACUUCCUCCAGACACAUUUCCGUGAUGUGGCUGCCACGGACGAGUUCAGGGAGUUGCCCCCAGACCGGCUGUGUGAGAUCCUGUCCAUGGAGAAGCUCAACGUGGGCAAUGAGAAGCAUGUCCUGGAGGCUGUGGUGCGCUGGCUCGGUCAUGACCUGGAGGAACGGAGGGUGCACAUGAAAGAGGCGAUGUCAUCAGUGUGGAUCCAGGGCCUGGACCAAGGUUACCUGAGGGAGCAGGUGUUGGGAGAGCCCUUGAUGAGGGAGGUGAUCAGGGAGUACUGCAACGCUCCACUGGGGGGUGCUGCACUGCAGGGCGAGGCUCUACUAGCCGCCUUCAAACCUCGUGGCUACUCGGAGUGCAUCGUCACUGUAGGGGGGGAGGAGAGAGGAACGAGGAAGCCGUCAGCCAUGGCACGCUGCAUGUGUCCACUCUAUGAUCCAAACCGUCAGCUGUGGAUCGAGCUGGAGCCAAUGAGCAUUGGCCGAAUAGGGCAUGGGGUGCUGGCUGCAGAGGGCUACCUCUUUGUGAUGGGUGGUAUGGAUGAAACUAAGAUGGUCCUGAGCAGUGGGGAGAAAUAUGACCCAGACACAAACACCUGGACCCCCAUUCCUUCCAUGAAACAGGCGAGGCAGAACUUUGGUGUUGCAGAGCUGGAUGGGAUGAUCUAUGUUUUGGGAGGAGAGGAUGAGGACAUAGAGCUCCUGACUGUGGAGGUUUUUGACCCUCACUUUAACACCUGGACAACCCAAACCAGCAUGACAAUGGUCCGCAAGAUUGGCUGCUAUGCCACCAUGAAAAAGAAGAUAUAUGCCAUGGGUGGUGGGUCAUAUGGAAAGCUGUACGACUCAGUAGAAUGCUAUGAUCCAAAGACCAAGCAGUGGACUGCAAUCUGCCCUUUGAAAGAGAGAAGGUUUGGCUCAGUGGCAUGUGGUGUGGGUCAGGAACUCUAUGUGUUUGGAGGCGUGAGGAGCCGUGACUCAGACAACCCAGAAUCCAGCACCAUGACCACCUGCAAGUCUGAGUUUUUCCAUGAUGAGAUGAAAAGAUGGAUGUACCUUGAUGACCAGACUCUCUGUGUUCAGACCAGUUCCUCUUUUGUGUAUGGAGCUGUUCCCAUUGGUGCCAGCAUCUAUGUGGUGGGAGACUUAGACACUGGUACAACCUAUGACUAUGUGAGAGAAUUCCGUCGCAGCUCGGGGACGUGGCACCGCACCAAGCCCAUGCUGACAUCUGAUCUGUGCAAGACUGGUUGUGCAGCCCUGCGCAUCGCUAACUGCAAACUGUUCCGUCUGCAGCUGAAGCAGGGCCUGUUUAGACUCAGGGUCCCGUCCUCCUAGAUGGAGCUCCUUUAGAUGCUCUGUCUCCACACUCACACAUUGGCUAUGGGCACAGCAAUGGAACAUGAGAAUGGAGGUUGAAGGGAUGUCCAAAGGGGACGUUUGGAGUAUUUAUCUGCAUAUUUUGGUGGCUUUCUUAAGUUCCAUCAGGGUAUUAUUCUAUGUGUGGGUACUUGCUUGAAGAGGGAUGGCUUUUUAAACAUGAUGUUAUUUCAUAUGCAAUUUAACAAUGGGUAUGAUUUGUAAAUAUGUUUUACUGACCAUUUACCCAUUGCUUUUUGUUUACUAUGCUCUUGCUGCUGCUUGGUGGGUUUUAAAGAAUUUAAAACAAAUUUUAAGGGGAGAAAAGCAAGAAUGCAGGAGUACUGUCAUUUAUUGUAGCACAUGUGGUUAUUUUUAAGGAAAAUCUAUACCCAUGUCUAACACUGCAUUUUUUUUGUGUUAAAGAUGAGUCGCUGAAUGACAACUAGUGACAUGCCAUUUUCGUUGUUACUUUAUAGUAGCUAAGGGAUUCGUGGCCUUUGAAUAGACCUGGGCGAUAUGGACAAAUCCAUAAAUAUAUUGUGACUGAAUUGUCACGAUAACGAUUUGAUAAAUGUAUAACAUUAAUGUGCAUCAGUUACUUUUUACAUUAUCCUUAGGUACAACACUCAAAGUAGUAGUUAUCACUUGUCCUGUUAGCAUUCGCCCAUAUUAGCAGCCUUAUUUUGUUUCAAACGUCACAUUUCUUUAGUAUAGACUACUUAUCGAUAUCAGUAAAAUGUCCUCGGUGGUGGGUUUGGUUGGUGGCAAUUUUUCUGGUUUAUCAUGACAACUAGAGCUAUACGAGGAAACUUCUAAAAGAACAGAUGUGGUUUUACUUGUUCCCUUAGCUAAGGGACUUGUAGCCUAUAAAAUAAGCAAAAUGUCGUCUUUACCCACAAACUUAACUUAAAAUAGACUGUUUUUAAAUAGACAGCUUUGAAUGAGUAAUGCUAGAAGCUGGAGCUUACUCUGUAUUGAAAUGGUAACAGGUUUUAUAUAACGUUAAUGUAUCUUAAGUGAGAUCUCUUUGGGACGUGCGUGUUUAGUGAAUGUAAAGCUGAGUUAAGCCCCUUCCUGCCAUUGGUUUCCCCUUAACCAAGCACUCUAGACACGGUGUGGGCCAGAAAUGGAUUUAGAGUUACUGGUGUCACUCUUAAGUUGCUGGAUGUAUUUUGCUGAUGACUUUUGAACUGGCUUUCCAGUCAGUGUGGAUGAUUUUUUUUUGUCAUCUGUUGACCCCAUUUGUUCUGUGUGAGUUACAGCUGGUGCUGUCCAUCCAAUUUGAAGGGAAACUCGUCUCACACGCUACAGAACUCACAGAAACAUGUCAGGAAGAAAAAUGCAUUCACACGCCUUUAUGAAGCCAACAGAGCUUAGGACACCUCUGAAAAGCACCAAGAACAAAUGUAAGAACAGGUAUCACAAUUUACACAACACUGUAUACUUAACAUUCCAUAGUGUCACUCUCACUGUUUACACUAAAGACUAUCUGCAUUCUAGUGGUCCAAACAGUGCUUUCACAAAACAUUCACCCAUUGUGUAACUAUCAGAACACUGUGGUAUGCACUUUAUGCAUUGUUCUUCUAGGAAUUCUGCAAUAGUACCAUCAAGUGGUUAACUAAAGUUGGGAUGUGAGAGGCGCAUGAAUUCAAAUCUGUUUGUAUUUUUGUAUUCAAUUCUGUGGUGUAGCAAGGAAGGUGUCAUGGAAAGAGCUCAAUCGUGAGUGUCUUCAGUUUAACGAGAUGGAUUAAACAACACUGGCUAAUUCAGUAGUUAUUCCUCUUAUUUAUUUCACCUUUAUUUAACCAGGUAGGCAAGUUGAGAACAAGUUCUCAUUGACAAUUGCGACCUGGCCAAGAUAAAGCUAAGCAGUUCGACACAACACAGUUACACAUGGAAUAAACAAAACAUCGUCAAUAAUACAGUAGAAAAAUAAGUCUAUAUACAAGUGAGCAAAUGAGGUGAGAUAAGGGAGGUAAAGGCAAAAAAAAAAAGGCCAUGGUGGCAAAGUAAAUACAAUAUAGCAAGUAAAACACUGGAAUGGUAGAUUUGCAGUGGAAGAAUGUGCAAAGUAGAGAUAGAAAUAAUGGGGUGCAAAGGAGCAAAAUAAAUAAAUACAGUAGGGGAAGAGGUAGUUGUUUGGGCUAAAGUCUGUGACUUCAUUCCUGGUUCAAGUCAAGUAGCAUUCAGGGUGUUGGGAGUUUUGUUUUUAUGUUUCAGAGGAUUCGGGAGACACUGAAGAGGUAUUCCUCAGAUAAUCCAUUAUAUUUGGGUUAAUGUUUUAAUCUCUCGGAAACAGUUUACCAAGAGAAUCCGUUACAGAUUCAGUGACACUGUUGACUUAUAACUGUGUGUGUCUUUAGAUGAGGGGCAAGCAUCGGAUUAACACAACAGGUUUACUGAAGAUAAUCAGGAUGGAGUUAACCAAGCCGCUCUCAUGACUUUCUCAAUUUAACUAUAGUCUUGUGACUCAACACCGAGUGGCUAAUGUUAAACUGAGCCCUGAGAGACUACUGCUUCUGCCGCAGUUUGGACACACAGGAUUUAGGCUGGGAUUCAGCUGGGAGCACUGCCCACUGAACUGCCACUAGAAAAGACUUGAGGCUUCCCUUCACAUGCCAAUCAGAAAGCCACCAGCACUCUACACUGCAUUGACAAAACCUGUUUGAGAGAUACAUUGAGCAUAAUUUAAAAUAAUGCAGAUUGUAAAGUAAUUCAUUCCACAGAAAUUAAGAAACCUCAUCUGUUAUUCCCUAAGGUGUUGAGCUUGUUUGUAGGCCCUCUGUUGUAUUUUAGUGUGGUGGGUCAUUUUAAAAGACACUACACAUGGGGUUAAAGUUCCUCAUAUCUGACAUUUCAAAACUGCAUCAUGACAGUCACUGUUUUUCUUUCACUUUCAGCUUUACUUAACAUUCAGGCAUAUUUGCAAUGUCGUGGUCAAGUUGAGAAAUGGGAGUGGUUGGAAUGGAAAAAGCUUUUUGAGAAAUGUGUUCAGCUCCCAGUUGGAGCAUUGAAAACUCAGUGGUCAGACAAUCUUAAAGAGCUUGUUGUUGACAGUGUGACCCAUGAGAUGAGUGCCCAAGAUACAGUACGUCUCAAGCUCUCUGAGUCCCCACAAAUAGAACACAGUUUGAAAAUGUUGUAGAAAGACUGACUUUUAAUGAAGAGAAGAGGCACAAUUGCUCAUGACAGUAGUGUAUGGUUACUCUUCUAUCUCUGCAAUACUUAUUCUACUCAAUAUGCGCUUCAACAUGCCCCUAGUCUUCUCAACAUAGACUGUCAUAUUCAGUGGGUUUGUAACAACUGUUUCUUAGAUGAAAUCUGGACACAUGGAUACUGCCACUGUGGGCCAAGUAUGUGACUGAUAGUCUCUGACCCACUACUGAAACAGUUUUAAUGGGGUGUGUUGUCCACUCUCCAACCGAUGAAUAUGUAUGAACUUUCCAAUUUGUAAGUCGCUCUGGAUAAGAGCGUCUGCUAAAUGACGUAAAUGUAAUGUAAAUGUAAUGUGGAUGCUUAUCAAUCAUUUCUGCAAAGUACCAAUGUUGAGGGCACAGUUAAAGGGAAACUGUUUGUGGUUCAUGCUUAUUGUAGUCUGGUGUGCAUCAAAAUGCAAAAUAAUUAGCAAUAAAGUGGAAAAUAAG